AUCCGACUCACACUGUAGUCUGAGAGAGAGCAUUCCUGUGUAGUGAAUAGUUUUAGUUGGGACUCCAGUCGUGUGUUCUCUGACUUAUCUACCAGUCUCUGUUUCUGUCUGGACCAUAAGCUCUCAGGCUGGGGCACAGAAGCCCUGAACACAACACGACCAGAACAGGAACAUUACAGGACCACUCCAUUGGACCCAUCCACAGGAUUACUGCAGUUCGAAGGAGAAGUCGAAACACGGUCUGAAAAGAAUCUUAUCAGAGCAGGACCGCUUUUUGAGAUAACUGUAGAAGUGAAGAGUGACCACUGUGGUUUGACCACAAUCUGAACACACUAGGAUCGUUUGACCAGGAGGGGAACACAUGGGAACUGUGGGAACCGUGGUUUGAACAGGAACACUUUCCUUUCUAGGGAGUUGUGGGGUCUGUGGUUUGACCUGAACAGGACCGUGGGGGCUGUGGUCUGGACAGGACAGUAACGUGUGGGAGAGAAGGUGACAUCAUGAGUAUUGUUAUGAAGCCACGAUCUCGUUCCAUCAGCUCUCUACGGAACAUGGAAGGAAUCUGUUUCGAUGUGGACAACGGCACAUCGUCGGGGCGCAGCCCACUGGAUCCCAUGGCCAGCCCGGGGUCUGGGCUCAUACUGCAGGGCAACUUUGUCCACAGUCAGCGGAGAGAGUCCUUCCUCUACCGCUCCGACUCGGACUACGACCUGUCGCCCAAGUCCAUGUCCAGAAACUCCUCCAUCGCCAGUGACAUUCAUGGCGAUGAUAUGAUUGUAACACCUUUUGCACAGGUUCUGGCCAGUCUAAGAACUGUACGGAAUAAUUUUGCUGCAUUAAGCAAUUGUUCACAAGACAGAGCGUCCAACAAGAGAUCACCCAUGUGUAAUCCACCACCCAUCACCAAGACCUCCUUCACAGAGGAGGCCUACCAGAAACUGGCCACUGAGACGCUGGAGGAGCUGGACUGGUGCCUGGACCAGCUGGAGACCCUACAGACCAGACACUCAGUCGGCGAGAUGGCCUCCAACAAGUUCAAGAGAAUGUUGAACAGGGAGCUCAGCCACCUGUCUGAGAUGAGCCGCUCGGGGAACCAGGUGUCAGAGUUCAUCUCCAGCACCUUCCUGGACAAGCAGCAUGAGGUGGAGAUGCCGACUCCCCAGACGCAGAAGGAGAAGGAAGACAAGAAGAACAGGCCCAUGUCUGAGAUCAGUGGGGUGAAGAAACUGCAGCACAGCUCCAGCCUCACCAACUCUAACAUACCCCGCUUCGGAGUCAAGAGCGAGACAGAGGACGAACUGGCUAAGGAGCUGGAGGAUGUAAAUAAAUGGGGCCUUAACGUUUUCAAAGUCACUGAGUUCUCUGGGAACAGGCCCCUGACGGUCAUGAUGCAUACUAUAUUCCAGGAGAGAGACUUGUUAAAAACUUUUAAAAUUCCACUCGACACCUUUAUAACCUACCUGAUGACCUUAGAAGACCAUUACCAUGGCGACGUGGCCUAUCACAACAACAUCCAUGCUGCUGAUGUCACCCAGUCCACUCACGUGCUGCUAUCCACCCCCGCUCUAGAGGCUGUGUUCACAGACCUGGAGAUCCUAGCUGCCAUAUUUGCCAGUGCUAUUCAUGACGUGGACCACCCUGGAGUCUCCAACCAGUUCCUCAUCAACACCAACUCGGAGCUGGCCCUCAUGUACAACGACUCGUCAGUCCUGGAGAACCACCACCUGGCUGUGGGCUUCAAGCUGCUUCAGGAAGAGAACUGUGACAUUUUCCAGAACCUGACCAAAAAACAACGACAAUCACUGCGCAAGAUGGUCAUCGACAUCGUCCUAGCGACUGACAUGUCCAAGCACAUGAACCUGCUGGCUGACCUGAAGACCAUGGUGGAGACCAAGAAGGUGACCAGCUCUGGAGUUCUACUCCUGGACAACUACUCUGACAGAAUACAGGUUCUGCAGAACAUGGUGCACUGUGCAGACCUGAGUAACCCCACCAAGCCCCUGCAGCUGUACCGCCAGUGGACCGACCGCAUCAUGGAAGAGUUCUUCACCCAGGGGGACAGGGAGAGGGAGAGAGGCAUGGAGAUCAGCCCUAUGUGUGACAAACACAACGCCUCUGUCCAGAAGAGCCAGGUGGGCUUCAUAGACUACAUCGUCCACCCUCUAUGGGAGACGUGGGCAGACCUGGUGCACCCUGACGCUCAGGACAUCCUGGACACUCUGGAGGACAACAGGGAGUGGUACCAGAGCACCAUCCCCCAGAGCCCCUCACCUACCCUGGACGAGCCUGAGGACGGCAGCCGCCCCGCUGGAGGGGACAAGUUCCAGUUUGAACUCACCCUGGAGGAGGACGGGGAAUCGGACACGGAGAAGGACAGUGGCAGCCAACCCGAGGAAGAGGAGGAAGAAGAGGAAAACAGUUGUAGUGACUCAAAAACACUCUGUACGCAGGACUCAGAGUCGACAGAGAUACCACUGGACGAACAGGUGGGGGAGGAGGAGGAAGAGGAAGUGGAGGUGGAGGGAGAGUCCUCUUCAUCACAACCUUGUGUAGUGGAGGAGGAAGAGGAGGGGGAGGAAGGGGAAGAGAAGGCAGAGGAGAAACCAGCCGAUACAUAGCAGUGUAUGGACGGCAACUAAACUUUUCUUCUUAGUAACCAGAGAUGAUUAUUUAUAGAGUAUUUUGGGGGUUUUGUGGACUAUAUCUGUAAUUAUUUUUUAUAUAUAUAUUUAUGUUUAGGGUUCCAAAGCGCACGCUGUUCUCCACCCCUUGGCCACUCCUCCCUCCUCAUCCUAUCGGUCAGCUUCUCAGACACGCCCACUGGUACUUCUACAAGUUUUUUGCACUCAGGAAAACUAUUUUCCAUUCACGUUUGUACCGGAAUAGUCUGUGUGUUAUUUCACUUCAAAACCCAGUCCUAGUGUGUUGAAGUUACAUUAAGGAUUAUGAUCAGCCGUUUAGAGUGUGUUUAAUGCUGUUCAUAUACAGUAUAUCUCUCCUCCUUUCAGCCUUGGCUGACCAAUGGCAGUGUUUCUGUGUGUUAUUAAGUGCCCAUUCUUCAGAAGUGACUAUAGUGUCUGUUUAUCUUAGUUGUUUGUAUUUAUCAGCAAAGCAACGUGCUAAGUUGUUGUGUGGUCUGAAUGAAUGAAAUCACAACAGGACACGUCACCAUGGAGAGAGGCGCUGCAGCACAGUGAGAGAAAUGCAUUGUGGGAAUUUAUCAAGUGACUUUUCUGAAGUUUAAGUCUUCCUUGAAAACCUGACUAAAAAAGGCUAAGAUCUUACAGCUCUAAUGCUGGGUUUAACCUCUAGAGUUUUUGUAUCGUACCAUACAUAAGAUGGAGAUCUAUUGUAGGUUCUACUUUUGUUAACCAAGAUUUAAAAAAAAUAAGUGACUUUUAAAAACAUUUGAAAGGCACUUGAAAACUGUUGAUGAGAAAUGCCUCGUCUGCCUCUGCUUUUCUGUGUAUAAAAGGGUAACUUACCAGUUAUUGUUUUGGGGGAGUAUUGGGGAGUAUUCUCAGAAUUCCAAAUCAAGCCCUUGCCCCUACACUACACACUACGCACUACAUCUGAGAGGAUUGGAUUAGCGUGUCCAAUCCUCUCAGAUCUACAGGAGUGCCUAAGGGGUAGGUGUUAGGGCUUGAUUUGGGAUUGUACAUUUAUCUAAAAGCAUUUACACUAUUACUCCCAUACCACUGUCCCCAUGUUCGGUUGUCAUAAUCAUGUAACAAUCAUUUCAAGGAUUGUUUUCACUGAAGAAAAACAUGACACAUACCUUACUUUACAUUGAAUGAAAUCAUUUUGUCUGACUGACCAGAAAGAAGCCUUUAAGUUCUACUUAUUGUUGCCUGCAGUAAAUGUGAGCGCAUGUCAUCAGACAAUGCAAUGCUUGUAAGAAGCAACUUUGGUUAAAGGAUUGAAUUGGAGUACUGCAAGUGUACAGAGGUGAUGUCACCACGCUCUGCUGUACUGUGGAAGUCUAUGGGGGUUUGAUACCUAUAGCAAUGUUAUAAUAUAAUUUUUGUAAUUUGGUGGGUUGCGACACUUUUCUAACCUUAUUUCCUAUUACCUGUCAAUCAUGUCUCCAUUUCCUGAUUGUGGUGUAGGGAUGUGGUCAAUUCGAUUUUCAAUUCGGGAAGCAAUUUAUUGAAUAAUAGUUGUAAAAAUAAGAGAUUAAUCUUUAAAAUCCCUCAGAUAAAGUAAUAGCUUUGUGAGAUGUCUGAAAUAUGUACAGUGACAGUCAUUAUUACAACCACAUUUGUGAGUGCUAAUAAGAAACAAAUCAAAUUCCAGUUCAAUAAUUGAAAGAUCCUCAUUGAAAAUAAUGAGCUAUUUUCAAGUCUUGAAUGGGAAUUUCAAUUCAUAUCCUGAAUUUACUUGAAAUGGAAUUGACCGCAGCCCUUACUGCAGGUCAGUAAUAUUUUCCAACGCACUACAUGGUUGAUGUUUUCACACAUUAAAGGUCAUGAACAGUCAUUCUGAUUCCCAUGCAAAAUAGCCUUGGGGGGAUAGAAAUUGGCUAACUACCAGGAAGUUUGAAACGACAGGCUGAGUUGGUGGGGAGCUUAUAUUCAUGAGCUCACCUUGA